AUGGCACAUGUAAAACUCGGGCAAAACUAUGGUUUGCCAUAUUCUAAUCUGUCUUCACUGACUGCAGAUGGUGCUUUUCAACGACAGAUAAAUUCCCAUUUUCAAGCCGACGAUUUUUUCACACUCCCACAUCCACACUGGAAUAUUCCCUACCCAGCCGAAAAACUUGGUCCCAAAAGUUCCCAAAAUGCCCUUCCGGGGCUCAAGCAAAUUGAUCAUCCUCGUGUGCCUCAAGAAAAAGGGUUCCUCAUUUUCGAUCGAUGUGGGAAUCACACUACAUAUUUCUUUAGCCCUUCCUUUUGUUCUCCGCAAAAUCCCGUUAUUGCCCCUGAAGAUGAUGAAAAAGUGGCAGCUCGAGCUGACAAGCUGUUGAACACUUUAAUCGAAGAAAAAUGGGAUGAGAAUUAUUUGAACGAUGGAGGAGAAGAUGAGAUGGUCAAUGAUAGUGAAGAAAUUGAUGCCCUUCUAUACUCUGAUAGUGAUUAUAAUGAUGAUGAUGAUGAUGAUGAUGAUGAUGAUGAUGAUGAUGAUGAUGAAGAAGAUAACAAUGAAGUAACUAGCACGAGACGCAUCUCAUUUAAAAUCGAAGAGGGCUAUUAUCAUAAAGAAAAAUUAUUUGAUGAGCUCAUAGAAGAAGUCGCUAGCUGUGAUGGCUCGUCAAAAAGGCAACAGUUGCUUUAUGGCGGGCACAAGAAAUCAUCAUCAUCAUCAUCGUCGUCGUCGUCGUCCAAUUACGAGGAUUAUAUUAAUUUGAGCAAGAGGGAGAAGAAGGUUAAGACACGCGAGAUGUUGAAAAUUCUCUGUAGUCUCGUUCCUGAAUCGGGUAGUCUGAAAGACCCGGUCACCAUAAUCGAGAAAGCCAUUGUUUAUUUGGAGUCGAUGAAAAUCGAAGCAGCAGCUCUCGGUCUCGCUUGA